AUGGCAACGCACCGGCUGCGCCCAGGCGUCGCCGCGCGCGCGCUCCUCCUCGCCCUCGCGUGCGCGCUCUGCGCCGCCGCGGCGGGGGACCCUCGCACGGCGGUGGCGGGCCAGUCCUGCGCGCCGGGGGAGGCCGUCUCGGGCUCCGUCCUGGCCGACAACUUCGUCCCCUCCAUGGACGACCUCAACACCAACGUCAGCGCCAACGGCUUCGGCUUCGGCACGUCCGCCGUGGGGACCGCGGGGCCCAACACCGUCUUCGGCCUGGGCCAGUGCCUGCGCGACCUCUCCCCGCUCGACUGCAAGCUCUGCUUCUCCGAGGUCAGGUCGCUGCUCCCAAAGUGCUACCCGCGCGUCGGGGGCCGCCUCUUCCUCGACGGCUGCUUCGGCCGCUACGCCAACUACUCCUUCUUCGGCGAGGCCGUCGGGCCCGCCGACGCCACCGUCUGCGGCUCGGGGACCAACUACACCGCCAACCCGCGAGGGUUCGCCAACGCGGUCAGGGCAGCGCUGGCAAACGUCACCGACGCGGCGGCGCGCGGGGACGGGUUCGCGGUCGGGUCCGCGGACGCGAGGGGCGCGCGGGCGUUCGCGCUCGCGCAGUGCUGGGGGAGCCUCAACACCACAGCCUGCGCCCAGUGCCUCCGCGCCGCGGCGGGAGCAGCGGCCGGGUGCGCGCCGGCAACGGAGGGGCGCGCGCUCUACACCGGAUGUUACCUACGCUACUCCACGCGCCUAUUCUGGAAUGUCAACGCCACCGCGGGGUCCGGGUCAUCAGCAGGAAACCAUGGCAUCGUCUGGAUUUUGCUGGGUUCAUUUCUGGGUGCUUUUAUAAUUGUUCUCAUUAUUGCGUUUCUUGCUUGGAAGAAGGGAGUUUUAAGGCGGGAGAAACAGUCAAAAUCCUUCAUAGAUAUGUAUGGAGAUGGAGUCUCUGCAAGAAUUGCCCAAUCUAGUCUAAAUUUCAAAUAUGAAGAGUUAAGAAAGGCAACCAAUUAUUUUGAUCCAGCAAACAAACUUGGUCAAGGAAGCAACGGAGCUGUAUACAAGGCUGUUCUUCCGGAUGGAAAAGAAGUUGCUGUCAAGAGGCUAUUCCUAAAUACAAGGGAGUGGGUCGAUCAGUUUUUCAACGAAGUCGAACUCAUAAGUCAAGUCCGUCAUAAGAGUCUAGUUAAGUUGCUUGGGUGCAGCGUGAAUGGCCCAGAGAGCUUGCUUGUUUAUGAAUACUACUUCAACAAGAGCCUUGAGCUAUUCUUGUUUGAUGCAAGUCGUAGCAGGAAAUUAACCUGGAUUAUGAGGGUUGAUAUCAUUCAAGGCAUAGCAGAGGGACUUUCUUAUCUACAUGAGGAAUCAGAAACACGGAUUAUCCACAGAGAUAUCAAAGCUAGUAAUAUUUUAUUGGAUGAUAAGUAUAAGCCUAAGAUAACAGAUUUUGGUCUUGCAAGAGCUUUUGCGGAGGACAUGACUCAUCUUACAACUGGUGUUGCUGGAACUUUAGGCUACAUGGCUCCUGAGUAUGUGGUGCACGGCCAUCUUACGGAGAAGGCUGAUGUCUUCAGCUAUGGCAUUCUUGUUCUCGAGAUUGUAACAGGAAAAAGAUGUAGCGGCUCAAUUGGUUCACAUGGAGGACAGGCGUUGUUAACAAAGGUAUGGAACCACUAUAAGGACAAUACAGUAGAGAGGGUUGUUGAUCGGAGCAUCUAUGAAGAUACUAUCAGGGAUGAGGUCUUGCAUACCCUGCAGAUUGGGUUGAUGUGUGCCCAGGCGAACCCUGGUGACAGGCCUACAAUGACGAAGGUUGUGGAGUUGCUGAGAAGCCACAAACAUGAUGUCGAGAUUGUUUUGAGUGAUCCCCCAUUUCUGAAUGUUGAGGGUGUUGAGGAUAUCAAACAAGGCGAACAUUCAAGUUUGCUAUCCACACACUCUGCUCCUUCAGUGUCAGGGUCGUCUCGGUCUUACUUAAGCGGGAGAUAAGCCAGGCACAUUUUUCCUUUUAAUAUCUGAGAUCAGUAUGUAAGAUGACAUGCAAUUUUGUGUGAUGUCAAAUUGUUGUGGUAGGCGGUAGACUCCUCAAAAUGUUAUAUAUCCACAUUUGAUACUUGUACAUAAAUAGAAACGAACUCAUCUCUGUUUUUCACAUGAAAUAUUUAUACAUAUCAUAUGCUAAAUGAAAACCCAUUGAUGAAGUUGGCAGUGUUCUUCUA